AUGUAUGAGAUAUACGCAGCUGGUGCUGUAGCAGCAUUCACAGUGGACUGCCUGAUCUACCCUCUCGACACACUCAAGACACGGUACCAAAGCCGGGAUUUCGUCCAGACCUAUGCCUCUUCACCAGGCAGCAAGGCACCGCUCUUCCGCGGCCUCUACCAGGGCAUUGGGAGUGUCGUCUUGGCUACAUUACCAGCAGCUGGCAUCUUUUUCGCCACGUACGAGAGUAUGAAGAAGACAAUCUCCAAGACCGGCUCGGUCCCGCAACCGUUGGGGCACUCCUUGGCCUCAGCCAUCGCCGAGAUGGGUUCAUGUCUAGUACUUGCGCCCGCCGAGGUAAUCAAGCAAAACGCGCAAAUGCUCCGUCAAAAGAAGAGCGGCAACAGCAGAUCAAGUGGCAGACGAUCAACAUCUCUCGAGGCAUUGCGCCAAGUAACCAGCUCCGGGGCCCAGAGGCAGCUGUUCUCCGGAUACACGGCGCUGGUCGCGCGCAACCUGCCCUUCACGGCGAUCCAGUUCCCCAUUUUUGAAUACUUGCAGAAGACGGCGUGGGACUCGAGGACGCGGAGGAGGGGGCCAGGCGAGGAACAGGGACUCAUCGAGACGGCGGUGGUGACGGGGACCAGCGCCGGGGCUGCGGGUGCGUUAGCCGCGUUCAUCACGACGCCGAGCGAUGUCAUUAAGACGCGGAUGAUGCUGAGCGCGGGCGAGGCUAGUAGAGGAAGCGACGGAGGGGGAGCUUCGUCGAGGGAGGCUGGCGAUGCGCCGAAGCCCAAAAAGGGACGAGGAAGCCUGGAAGUGACGCGAGAUGUCUAUCGGCAGAACGGCGUUCGUGGGCUCUUCCGCGGUGGAGCGCUGCGCUCGGUGUGGACGGCGAUUGGCAGCGGCUUGUACUUGGGGACAUAUGAGAUGUCAAAGGUCUGGCUCACGCGAGGGAAGGACGAAGCACAUGUCGUUGAAGGGUUGUGA